AUGGAUCGAUCCAACUUAUGGGGCUCAUUGUCCAUGGCUGAGAGUAUAUUAGCCAAAGAUGCCAGAACAAAAACAAUCAAGAUCUUGAUUGAUGCUCUGAAGAAAAAGGACUGUCUCCUGGUGGAUUAUGCUGAUCCUGUCUGGCUGUUAAGGUCAAGCUGCCCCUUAAUUUCUGUCUCUUUAGUAGAAAACUUGAUCAAAGUUCUACAAAACGUAAUAUUUGUGAAGUGUGAUGGAUGCAUACAAUAUACGUCUAAUGUUGCUUGUUUGAUACCAGAAUUCUUUACAAAAUGUGAAUCUUUGAGCACCGAUUUGCGUCCAGGAUUGCUCAUUUCCCAAGCCUCACGUUGUUUAAGUUAUAAAUCGGUGGUGUGGAGGAAACUGCCUGCAUUACAGCAGACUAUUAGGACCGCGUUUGAACAAAGGAUGAAUCACCGGGAAAAUUACGUAGAUGGCUCCUAUAGCUGUUGUGGGGAGACUUCAAGGGACUCUGUGUGUGAAAAAUCUGAGAUGAGUGAAAAAAUCAGGUAUUUAAAUUUAAGUUGCCAGACUGGAAUCUCUUGGUUUCCAGACUGUGAUAUGGUGACUCCCACGGCCCCUAAAUUUAAAUGUCUGUUCUAG